AUGGGCUCCAACAAACCUCGUGGACUUCAGGCCGCUCGCAAGCUUCGAAACGACCGACGUGACAACCGCUGGGCGGACAAGGCUUAUAAAAAGCGUGCCCUUGGAAACGUUUACAAGACCUCGCCGACUGGAGGAUCUUCUCAUGCUAAAGGAAUUGUGUUGGAGAAAGUCGGUGUCGAGGCGAAGCAACCCAACUCUGCUAUUAGAAAAUGUGUGAGGGUUCAGUUAAUCAAAAAUGGAAAGAAGGUUACUGCUUUCGUACCCAACGAUGGUUGUCUUAACUUUGUCGAUGAGAACGACGAAGUCCUUAUAUCUGGUUUCGGUCGCCGGGGUAAGGCUAAGGGUGAUAUUCCCGGUGUACGAUUCAAGGUAGUGAAGGUCUCCGGUGUUGGUUUGUUGGCGCUAUGGAAGGAGAAGAAGGAAAAGCCAAGGUCAUAA